UCGGUGCUGCUCAUUACGGCAGCGCUCGGGCCGCCCGCUCGGGUCCUGGCAGCGCAUUUCCCGGCAGGCAGCGCGGCGCGGGUCUCUUUCGCCGCCAUCUUGGGGCGCUGCGGGCCUGCCGGGACCGGGUCUGCGGGAGGACACCAUGACCGGGAGGCUGUGGUGCAAGGCCAUUUUUGCUGGCUACAAACGUGGCCUCCGAAACCAGCGGGAGCACACGGCCCUUCUGAAAAUUGAAGGUGUUUAUGCCCGUCAGGAGACAGACUUCUACCUGGGCAAGAGGUGUGCCUAUGUGUACAAAGCUAAAAACAACACGGUAACCCCCGGAGGCAAACCCAACAGGACACGCGUGAUCUGGGGGAAGGUGACGCGCGCCCAUGGGAACAGUGGCAUGGUGCGUGCCAAGUUCCGCUCCAACCUUCCUGCCAAGGCCAUUGGACACAGAAUCCGGGUGAUGCUGUAUCCAUCUAGGAUCUAAAUUUUUAUUCAAAAUAAAAUGGAGAAUCUGUUUAA